UCUGACCAUAAUGUGCGCGAGCGCAGUGGGGCUCAUAUAAAAUCGAACACUGACCUAUUUCAUUUUUCAUACCGCUGUCGUGUUUGAUAUGGUCACUAAACUUUAAGAAUUAUAUUAGAAAAAUAAUAAAUAAUUCGUGUGUGCAGUGAAUUAGUGAAAACAAUAUUGUUGAAUAGAUUUCAUAGAGUUGUCGAAAUGACUAUUUGUUAAACUAUUGUGGAUUGUGUUAUAUUGUUAAUACCAGAAGAUGUAUAAGCUACUAAUAUUCUGUGCAUUGUGGUCAAUAAGCCAUGGAGCUUAUAUGAGUAGAAUGUCAUCUAUAAGCCGGUUUCGAGGGCCCACAGCGUUUCGGCCGGGAUUCAUCCUGCAGAGGCCGAAUAUGUUCCCCCCCAGGAUGAUGCCAGCAGCGUCACAUCGAACACCUUUUGUUGUUUAUAGGAAUCUUCCACACAGAUACGCAAUGAAGCCAAUGCCGCCCGUAACAACACGGAAUGUGUUUGGUAUACCAUGGAAAACCACAGCCCGUUUGCCCGUACCAGUUCCCGUAACUCCAGAUUAUGAUUACGCUAGAACUGCUGCGUCUGCGCAACCGGUGAUUCGGAAUGACGGUGCGAUCCAUACUAUACCAGCGCCGAAUCUGAGCUUGUCAGAGAAACCCAUUGUAGUAGCUGAAGUACUGACAUCUGAAGCCAGAGAAGCUAACACUGCUGAAGGGGGGAAACCUACCUAUGAGGUUACAGAAAAGGUCACAGAGAAUCAUUCAUAUGACGUACAGGCAAAAAUAGAGGCACCUACGGGAUUUUAUAAGCCAGAUUCUGGGGUCAAUUACGAGUUCAAAAAUGUGAACAACGAAGCACCUCAACAAUAUAAUCAGGAAUAUGGACUUAUACAAGUACAACAACAAAUGUCUUCUAUUAUACCCCAAGAGUUUACAGUGCAGAGAUAUAACGGUUUGCCGUCUCAUCAGGACUUGAUACAUUCUGGUGCAGAAGGAAUAAUUAUACCCCCAACCGCGUUAUUACAAUCAGAUCCACUGUUUUUACAAAAACUACAAACACAACUAUUGCAAAGAUAUCCAGCAGUUGAAUUUAUACCGUACAAUCCAGAAAUACAGUCUCAAAUCCCUUCGCAUAACCAAGAACCACAAGCGCCAUCAUACUACUCGCAGAAUGAGCACUUUAUUAAACAAGCUCCUAUGGCUUUUGUGCCUAGUGAUGGGAACAGAAACAUUGUGCAGAGAGAAACACAAGAAGGAACUGUUCAAUCUCUAUCCCCAGAAUCGUUUAUACCAAACAAUAUUACUGAAACUCCAACAGUAGUGACGACUACAAAUCCCCCUGAAACUACCAUUUCAAAUGUAGUAACUGAUCCUCAAACUACUACAACAACAACCGAAAGGAUUGAAGUUAAAUCAGAAAACGAUAGAUCAAAUCCUGCAAUUUAUUACUCACAGAUGGGACAAACAGUAAACAGUGCUAAAGCAAACAGUUUUUAUUCAGCAAUCAAUGAUAUAAAGGAAAUAUCGCCGAAGGAAGAAAUAAUUAACAAAAAUUUCGAUAAAGGCAUUGUAAAGUCGGAAAGCACAACUAUAAUAGCAACUACACAGGAACCCGAUACGACGCAUUAUUUGGACAGUAAAGAUAAACCAGAAGCUAAUGAAAUAAUACAUGUUUAUAAAAAUUUCAUAGCAUCACCCUUUGAAAAGCCAGCAGAAUCUGUAAAUAUAGUUUAUUCUUUGCUAAGAAGAACUACAACAGCACCAACAGUAGAUCAAAAUGUGACAAUAACAACCACUACUACAACAGAAAAACCGGUAGAAACGACUGCAAAUGCGACUAAAGAUAAUCAAAGAGAAAGAUCAUUUUUGAACAGACAACCCAUAAGGUUUACACUAACGGAUAAAAGGUCAGCUGAUGGCGAUCCACAACAGGUGGUCAAAGCGAAAAUACCGCCAAAAAGCAAACUUAUAUUCGACGAUAAGACUGGAGAACCCAUUUUAAGGGUUUAUGCAAGUUAUGUCGAUAAUCCAGCAAGGAAAGAAGCAAUCACUCAAAAACUAACCAACAUGAGGCAUCUAAGAGAGGUACCAAAGAAGCCAGAAAGCCCAGAACGCUUCGACGCCGCCACGGUAAAUGCCUUAGCAUCGGAUGUCAAUAAUUUUGGCCAGAAGAUAAAAUCGAGAAAUGACGCCGCCAGACAAAUAUUAUUAGACGAAUAUAAUUAAUACAUACACUUAUUAAUUAAAAUAAUUAAACUAUU